CACGCUAAGCGAGAGCCAGAAUGGACACUUCUUCGGAUCUAGUAUUCGAGAAGAGGCCACUUGCCAUGACUUUCGCCGGGAAUCCUCUUGAGGGAAGGAACAGCCAUCACCGCCAGCAGUCACCCCUCAGACCACAGUCCCUGUCGGUCCUAUCUGCGGCUUUGCAAUCGGAAGAGGAGAGAGAUUGCCAGGAGCAACUUGAUGGAAGAAGGGUCCGACUCCAGAUGCUACGGCGAGAACUCAACUCGGUGCUGAUGCUCGCCAUUUUCACCUACAGACAUUCCGGGGCAGCUCAGAAAGUUGGGUCUUUGCUUGUCCUGCUGCCCACAGAGCGAAAGGCAAGGGAGCAAGCAGAGAUCUUUGCGUCCUUGCGGAGGCCAGACUAUCCGCCUCUUCCUGACGAACCUGAACCCAUCUGCACAUUUUGAAGUUUGCCAUGGCUGGGAGGGAUAACGACGGCAACAUGAUCUGCUUUUCACGACGCUUCCACAUUUGUACAACAGAAACAGUCCCGCGAGGAUGGCGAUCGAAGCGUUCAGCUUUCGUUGGCCACAUGGAAACAAGUAGGCGAGUUGGAUGAAGCCUUCUUCUGGUCCACUCCGGCUCACGGAUAAAG